GAAAGCUCAUCACAAACAAAAGGGACAAAAGAAAAAACCCUGUGAAGAUUGACAUCACAUCCGCUAACAUAUUAAUAAUAAUUUUUUUAUAUGUCAUCAGUAUAUGAUAAUUCAUGUAAAUUGAUAGCAAAAAAGGAGCCAAUUCAGCUGGGUAAAACAUUUGGUGUUUUUUGUUUAAGAUUGGAUGUAACUCUGCAAAAAUAAGCUCAUCACUAGAUGCGUGAUCUAUGUUCAAGUAAGAUGUGACAGUUUUAUUUUUCUUGAUGAAAGUGUUAGUUUUUAAUGUAUUGAGGUUCUAGACAAGGACCAUGGAGUGGUGAGAUGAGAUAACAUUGGAUUCGCCUUGAACUAGAUCGCUAUAGCCUGUGCCUGUGAUGUGUCGCCUAAUUCUUGAUAACAUGUGAUCAGCUGGAACCGUUAGGAGACUAGAAAUAUAGUUGUCAUGGUAAUAUUUAUGUGACCCAGCUUAGAAUCGCUUUUCAAUUUUGACCAUUGAUAUUUGCCUUUUGCUUCUUCUGCUCCUCAAUUUUUUUAUUUUCUUUACAUGAACAUUGAUGUGAACAGUGAUAUUACUUUGUGCUUGUCUUCUUCUUUGCUGAACAAGCUCAGCAUUUCAAUAUGCUAGUGCUGAUGCUGUCAUCCUGCAAUAGAUAUUCCUAUGUAUUAUCAGUAUUUUACCAAUCAAUAUUGAGAGUUCAUGCUUUUCUUAGCGACACCUUCGCCUUUAUACUCAUGGCUUCAUCAACUUCUUAGUUUUCCCUCUUUCUCUUAUGGCCCCAACUAGACAAAUCUUAGAUUGCUAAGCUAGCUGAAGACAUUGGGGGGUGGGGGGUACGCUGAUGUUAUGGACCUCGGAUUAAAUGAUGGCGUGUGGGAAGAGUGGGGAAAUUCGAAGGAUGAGCAUCCAUGGGGGAUGGAUGAGCUCUGAUGGUGGUGAUGAUUGAUUAUAUCAGAGUUCUUGAUUUCAAUUUUUUAUGGUUUGUGUGGAAAUUAUUGUGUCGCUUUCCUUUUUCAAGUAAUUAUUGAAACUAUAUAUUUCUGAUGGUUUUAUCCAGUGAUGAGGAGCCAAUUGCCUUCAAGAAGAUGCAUGAUUUUUCCACAGUCGAUGGCUUUGUGGAGAUAAACGAAAAUUUGGCAGACAUGAUAAAAUUUGUGGCGAAUGAGCCCUCAGUGGGGCUUUACUAUAUCCAGCAGCACACUCAGAAUGUAACUCCCAACCUUCUUAAUCUCAAGAACAAAGUCGCUGAAAAAUCACGCGAGACUGCUUUGCAUACAGAAGAUCUGGACGAUUCUAUGACAAUGUUGAGGUCAAUGAAGGAAUGUGGCAUCCCGGUUGUGGAUGAAAUGCUUAGAGAUAUAAAAAAAUCCCUUUCCAUCAUAUCGGCCAAGCAGCCAAAAAGUGGGCUAGUGUACAGCUCCAGCGCGGGUUUUCUUGGAAGAACGAGUUCCUGGUCUCCGUCCUCGUGGGGUCGUAAUGCAGUUUUUCCACGGCAGGAUGGCGACAGGAGCCCCAGUUACCUGUCCAGUGCUUUUAAGUCGGUCACACAGCGAGCUCAGAGCUUCAACCGGUCUCAGACGGGCUCUGAGGAAGCUUUUCAGUCCAAGAACGAGAAGCUUCCUUCGGAGUUUGGUCCUGCAGUCGCGAGUACAUCAGGUAGCAGUCCUUCUGUAACGGUAGCAGAGCCGGAGACUUCAGAUUCGCCGUUGUUGAAUGAGAAUGGCAGGGAACUGCAAGAGGAGUCGCAGCUCAGUAAAAGUUUGUCUCAUCAGCAUUUUCUGGCCUUGUACGAGAACUACGAUGAGUUCAAGGCCGAUCGGGAAGCGAAACUGGAAGAAUGGUUGGGAAGGGCUGGUGGUGAGGAUCAAAGAGAGGGGAAGAAAUUGGACAGAGGAGCUUUAGCUCACCGGGACUUGCUUCCAUGACCACCUCUUUUCUUAAUUGGUAUGCUUGAUUGUCAUGACAUACAAGAGUGAAUGUGUUGAUUGUUUGUAGAUGAAGAUUUGCAUUUUGUAAUUUUUAUAUCUUAUUAUCAAUGAUUUUCAAUGAGUGGCUACUA